UAGCAUAACAAAAGGAUAGCCAACGACGAUCCUCUCUCAAUUGAUGGGAAGCUAAUAAUAACUAUGGCCCUCCUUAUCUCUCACCUCUCUCUCCUCCCCUCUUCAUCUUCUUCUCAUUCUCCCUCCAUUCCCGUUGCUGCAGCCUCAGCUACUCUCUCUUCUAAGUUAUCACGAAAAAGCUUCAACUUGCGAUUUGGGUCCUCUCACGGACCUAGAAUUCCCUGUCCAACCUAUGACAUUAGUGGGAAAAGGUCUGUAAUUGUCCGAGCUUCAUCAGAAAUCGACGGAAAAGAUGAAAAGAAACCAGACCCUUUGCCGCCUUCACAAGUAUCAGAGGAAGAGGCUAAUAUGCCAGUUGAGAAUCUUCCACUGGAAUCGAAGAUGAAGGAGAGGAUGGAGCAGAAGCUGAGGAUGAAGCUGGCCAAGAAAAUAAGACUCCGAAGAAAGCGGCUUUUGAGGAAGAGGAAGAUGAGGAAGAAGGGAAGAUGGCCUCCUUCCAAGAUGAAGAAGCUCAAGAAUGUCUGAUCAAAUUGCCAGGUUUAAAAUUGUUUUUGUUUAUGCAUUUCGAAUCAUUUUGUAUGUUGGUUCUUCAAUGAUAUUGGUACUUGAGUUGUGUAAUGUUCGAUUUAGAGAUUGAUUGGUUUGGAAAUCACAUUUCUAAAUGAGAUGGUAUUUUCGAUUAAAUUUGUUUUUUAGCUCA